UGUAGCGGCGACAUCAAGGAGUUCCGCAACUAAGUUUAAAGUCUGCUCAGUCUGGAGGAAAGUUCCUCCGAACCGGUGAUUAUCAGGGACCCGGACCCGGGGUGGGCUGGUUCUGGCCCGCUUUAGAUGCUGGAACUACAGUGAUGUGAGCAGGACCCCCGAGGCGGACCGGACUGAUCCAGGAGUGAUUCUGUAAGUCCUGCAGAGACCAGAACCAGCAGAACCAGGCCGUGUCAGUGUUGGGACGAGCCCGACCUGCAGCUGUCAGCGGGACCGGACCUGGACCGGGCCGAGGAGGUGGAGUGUCAGACUGAUGCCAGCGUGUUUCCAUGACGACGAUACCACAGACCUCUCUGAAUUCAAGAGUCAUCCACUGAGGUUUCUGUGCUCUGAUUGGUCACCCGUUGACUGUCAGUAUGCAGCUGACCUACAAGAAGCUGGAAGCUCAGCUGCGUCGGAGCUCCAGACUCAGGAAACUGACGGCCAUCGUGGUCACCGCCUACGCCGUCAAGAAGCUGUCUCCAUACGUGUGGAGGCGGCUGCAGAGAGGUGCAACAGGAAACCAGAAUGAAGGAGCUAAAUCAACUGUAGGUGUGGCCAACUAUAUGAAUGACAGAGGAGAGGAGAAGAAAAAGAGAGGCAGGAGGUCUCCAGCAGUUAACAAGGAAUUCCUCCUAAGACUGUCUCGUCUGCUGAAGCUCCUAUUUCCACGGUUACUGUGUCCAGAGGUUGGCCUGCUCGCCGUGCACUCCAUCACCCUGAUGUGCAGAACGUUCCUGUCCAUAUAUGUUGCAUCGCUGGACGGCGUGAUAGUCAGGUGUAUCGUUCAAAAGGAUCCACAAGCCUUUGUGCUGCAGCUCUUGAAGUGGCUCCUUGUUGCCGUUCCUGCAACUUUCAUCAACAGUGCCAUCAGAUUCCUAGAAGGUCAGCUGACCCUCAGCUUCAGGAGCCGGUUGGUCAACCACGCCUAUCAGCUGUACUUCAACAACCAGACGUACUACCGUGUGAGCAACAUGGACGGCCGUCUGUCCAAUCCAGAUCAGUCUCUGACUGAAGACAUUGUCAUGUUUUCAGCCUCCGUGUCACACCUGUACUCCAACCUGACUAAACCCAUCUUGGAUGUGGUGGUCACCUGCUACACACUGCUGCGCACCGCCCAUUCCAAAGGAGCCAACACCACGUGGCCCUCUGUCAUUGCCGGGAUAGUGGUGGCCCUUACUGCCAAAGUCCUGCGAUCCUGCUCGCCUCACUUUGGGAAGCUGGUGGCGGAGGAGGCUAAAAGAAAGGGAGACCUGCGGUUCAUGCACUCACGCAUCAUCACUAACUCUGAGGAGAUUGCCUUCUACGGAGGACACAAGGUGGAGCUGACGCAGCUGCAGCGGAGCUACAAAGCUCUGUCGUGUCAGAUCAACCAGAUCCUGCUGAAACGACUUUGGUACAUCAUGUUGGAGCAAUUCCUCAUGAAGUAUGUGUGGAGCUCCGCUGGUCUGGUCAUGGUUGCAGUGCCCAUCAUCACCGCCACAGGAUACUCACAACAUGACUCGGAGGAGGUGAAGCAGGCAGCCAUGCUGAUGAAGGAGGAGGACCUAGUUAGCGAGAGGACGCAGGCCUUCACCGUCGCCAGGAACCUCCUGAACGCUGCCGCUGACGCCGUUGAGAGGAUCAUGAGCUCUUACAAGGAGGUGACGGAGCUGGCUGGUUACACCUCUCGGGUCUCUGAGAUGUUGGAUGUGUUUGAAGAUGUGAAUCGGGGGAUCUACCUCCGGUCUGUGGAUGGAGAGGAAGAGCUGCCAGCAGCAGCAGCAACAGCAGUGGUCCAACAUGGACAGAGAGUGUGUGGUCUGCUGGAGAUGAGAGGUCAGGUGAUCGGUGUGGAGAAGGGGAUUCGCUGUGAGAACCUGCCGAUCAUCACGCCCACUGGAGACGUGGUUGUGUCCAGUCUCAACAUUCAGGUGGACGACGGCAUGAACAUUCUGAUCACGGGUCCAAACGGCUGUGGGAAGAGCUCCCUGUUCAGGAUCCUCAGUGGACUGUGGCCCGUCUAUGGAGGAGUUCUGUACCGUCCAGAACCACAGCAUAUGUUCUACAUCCCACAGAGGCCCUACAUGUCUGAGGGGACUCUCAGAGAUCAGGUGAUCUAUCCGGACUCAGUGGACGAGAUGAUUCAGAAGGGGGUCACAGAUUCCGACCUGGAGGAGAUCCUGCGAACCGUCUACCUGCUUUACAUCCUGGACAGAGAGGGAGGUUGGGAGUCUGUCAGUGACUGGAAGGAUGUCUUGUCUGGAGGGGAGAAGCAGAGGAUGGGGAUGGCCCGCAUGUUCUACCACCGCCCACGGUACGCCCUCCUGGACGAGUGCACGAGUGCCGUCAGCAUCGACGUGGAGGGAAACAUUUUCCAAGCUGCAAAGGAUGCUGGGAUUGCUCUUCUGUCCAUCACCCACAGACCCUCCCUCUGGAAGUAUCACUCCCACCUGCUGCAGUUUGAUGGAGAAGGAGGAUGGAGGUUCGAACCCUUGGAUGCCUCCACCCGCCUGUCCCUGCAGGAGGAGAAGCAACGCCUGGAGAACCAGCUGUCAGGAAUUCCCAAGGUGCAGCAGAGGCUGUCGGAGCUGUGCGUGCUGCUGGGGGAGGCGGAGCGGGAGGAAGAAGAGCAGAGACACACACCCACGGACAUUUUGUGACCGUUAAGACACGCCCCCCACAUAUGGUGCAACCAUGGAGACACGACCCCAAAGAUAUGACCUGUCUGUAGAGACGCCCCCAAAGAUAUGAACUGUCCAGAGACACGCCCCCAAAGAUAUGACCUGUCCAUAGAGACACGCCCCCAAAGAUAUGAACAGUCCAGAGACACGCCCCCAAAGAUAUGACCUGUCCAUAGAGACACGCCCCCAAAGAUAUGACCUGUCCAGAGACACGCCCCCAAAGAUAUGAACUGUCCAUAGACACGCCCCCAAAGAUAUGAACUGUCCAUAGACACGCCCCCAAAGAUAUGACCUGUCCAUAGAGACACGCCCCCAAAGAUAUGACCUGUCCAUAGAGACACGCCCCCAAAUAUAUGACCUGUCCAUAGAGACACGCCCCCACAGAUAUGACCUGUCCAGAGACACGCCCCCACAGAUAUGACCUGUCUGUAGACACGCCCCCACAGAUAUGACCUGUCCGUAGAGACACGCCCCCAAAGAUAUGAACUGUCCAUAGAGACACGCCCCCAAAGAUAUGAACUGUCCAUAGACACGCCCCCAAAGAUAUGAACUGUCCAUAGACACGCCCCCAAAGAUAUGAACUGUCCAUAGACACGCCCCCAAAGAUAUGACCUGUCUAUAGAGACACGCCCCCAAAGAUAUGAACUGUCCAUAGACACGCCCCCAAAGAUAUGAACUGUCCAUAGACACGCCCCCAAAGAUAUGAACUGUCCAUAGACACGCCCCCAAAGAUAUGACCUGUCCAUAGAGACACGCCCCCAAAGAUAUGACCUGUCCAUAGAGACACGCCCCCAAAGAUAUGACCUGUCCAUAGAGACACGCCCCCAAAUAUAUGACGUGUCCGUAGAGACACGCCCCCAAAUGUAUGACCUGUCCAGAGACACGCCCCCAAAUAUAUGAACUGUCCAGAGACACGCCCCCAAAGAUAUAACCUGUCCAUAGAGACACGCCCCCAAAUAUAUGACCUGUCCAUAGAGACACGCCCCCAAAUAUAUGACCUGUCCAGAGACACGCCCCCAAAUAUAUGACCUGUCCAUUGAGACACGCCCCCAAAGAUAUGACGUGUCCGUAGAGACACGCCCCCAAAUAUAUAUUCCCUGUCCAUAGAGACACGCCCCCAAAGAUAUGACCUGUCCAGAGACACGCCCCCAAAGAUAUGACCUGUCCAGAAACGCGCCCCCAAAGAUAUGACCUGUCCAGAGACACGCCCCCAAAGAUAUGACCUGUCCAUGGAGACACGCCGCCAAAUAUAUGACCUGUCCGUAGAAACACGCCCCCAAAUAUAUGACCUGUCCAUAGAGACACGCCCCCAAAUAUAUGACCUGUCCAGAGACACGCCCCCAAAUAUAUGACCUGUCCAUUGAGACACGCCCCCAAAGAUAUGACGUGUCCGUAGAGACACGCCCCCAAAUAUAUAUUCCCUGUCCAUGGAGACACGCCGCCAAAUAUAUGACCUGUCCGUAGAAACACGCCCCCAAAUAUAUGACCUGUCCAGAGACACGCCCCCAAAUAUAUGACCUGUCCAGAGACACGCCCCCAAAUAUAUGACCUGUCCGUAGAAACACGCCCUCAGGGAUAUGACACGCCCCUUGUCCAUACCACAUUAAUAGUCCAGUCCAAGUUUUGUUUAGUUUUUAAUUGCUUUAAAAAACAUUUUUAAAUUUCCUAUCUACUGUCUUAGCAGGUGAUAUCCAAAGUAAGGUAACUCUCUCCCACCUCACUUCCUGUCAGGUCGGGGUGGGACAGGUGUCUCACCUGGACAAACGCACUUUGGUUUUAACAUUUCAUUCUGACUGAUCGGUGAUCGUUUGCGGGACGACCCGUCACGGACGAGUUUAGCUAACGAGGACUGGAGCAGUUGGUGCUGGUGUUACAGUGUGUACGUGAGUUCACAUGGGCACUCAAGCUGACAGCCUCAGUCACAUGGCUCGGGUCACAUGACUUGGGUCACAUGACUAAACCUACUGUUUUAUGUUUUUAAUUAGAUUUUAAUAGUGAUGGAUCAGCAGCCCAGCUGAUUGCUGAUCAAUAGUUGCUGCAGUGUUAAUGUAAAACAAUCAGACUGAAAUGUUCCAGUGCAAUCUGUGAUGAAUAGGAAGAUGAAGACGUUGAAUGAAAAAAUAAAACAUUUUGAAGAA